AUGUCGAGGUUCCUUAAAAUAGCUUUCUGUGUUAUGUUAUUUUACCUAAUCAUAGUGUUAACGAAUUACUUAAAAUCAGAAGGACCAGUAAAGCAAUCUUGGUUGAAAGAAUUGCCACGUCAUUUAGACAGAGUCGUCACCUUCUUAACAGCAACGGAUGACUACCCAUUGCCUCAAAGUAAAUUGAUAAAAUUUACUACACUGACACCGCAGACAACACUAGAUAAACAAAACGAAGAUGAUCCGGAUAAAACUCAGCAAAAAAGUCUAAGUCCAGAUAUUUUGUCUGUUAUACCAGUGUAUGGCAGCAGUGUCUAUCAAAGGAAGAAGGAUGGAGUUUUAACAAGUCGGACAGAUAUAGGAAUUAAAUGUGAACCACUAAUUUCACAAGACCAAGACGAAACUCAAAGGAUAGAGUCAAGUCUCAUAGAUUACGAUAAAAUUCCACUUAGUCCCGAAUUUUACAUUAAUGUUACUACUUCUUGUGACAAGUAUAUACAGAGUAGGGGAUUUAUAACGGAAGUGACGCAGGAAGAACGGGAUUUUCCUAUAGCGUUUGGAAUUUUGAUGCACGAAGAAAUAGAGUUGUUGGAAAGACUUUUAAGAGCUAUUUAUCGACCGAGUAACUUCUACUUUAUACACGUUGAUGCCAAAGCUCCCAAAUCUCUACUGAAAGCUGUGUCUGAUAUAACAAAUUGUUUUGAUAAUGUACAUGUAACUUCCCGUUUAGUGAAGGUAACAUGGGGACAAUAUUCUGUGUUUCAAGCAGAUUUAAAUUGUAUGGACGAUGCAUUGAAAUUCGACUGGAAAUACUUCAUCAAUCUAGCCGGUUCCGAGUUUCCGUUGAAGACAAAUUUGGAACUGGUUACUAUAUUGAAAGCAUUUAACGGUGCUAGCUUAGUCGUAGGAUUUCCUUUCGGAUCCGUUAUGUGGAAGUACCGAAUGUCGAGAAUAGGUAACGUAACUGGAUUUACGUUUAUGAAAGGCUCGCAGCAUAUUGUGGCUAACCGGAAGUUCAUCGAAUUUCUUAGAACUGCACCAGAGGCAUUGGAGUUUGCUGAACGAUUGAAACCGGCUUUACAUCCACAUGAAACUUUCUACAACUCAAUAUAUUUCAGUAAACAUUUAAAAAUACCUGGCUCGUACAACGGUUCAGCAAAGUCAUUGAGAAACACUAUUGUCCGGAUUAAACUGUGGAAGCACGCCUUUCCAUCAUGUAGUGGUAAAUUCGCACACGACAUAUGUAUAUUUGGUAUAAAGGAGUUGUCAUUACUUACCAAGGCACCACAUUUAUUUUGUAAUAAGUUUCAUGAAGACUUUAAGCCUAUAGUAUUGGACUGUUUAGAAUCGUGGUUAUUUGACAAGAUUGAACAAGAAACAAAAACUGGAAAGACUCAAGUUAAUACAACUUAUUACUCUAAUUUAGACUUUGUCAAAAAUCAAAUAAGAUGA